AUGCCAGCAGAAUGUGUUAAAGUUAUUGUAAGAAUGCGUCCAUUCAAUCAAAGAGAAAAGGAAAAUGGAAGUAAACCAUGUGUUAUAGUUAAUGAAGACACCAAUACAGUUGAAUUAAAAAAUGUAUACUUUUUGAUUAAUAAUUUUAUAUUAGUCUUAGGAUAAUGAUGUGAAAUCUUAUACAUAUGAUUAUGUAUUUGGUGCAGAGACACCUCAAUUAUCAAUUUAUUAAAAAACUGCUUUCAAUUUAGUAGAAAGUGUAGCAGAUGGUUAUAAUGGAACAAUAUUUGCAUAUGGUUAAACAGGUAUUAAUAUUCAAUUAUUAAUAAAAGGUUGUGGUAAAACAUUCACUAUGAUUGGAGACCCAUCUAGUGUAAUAAUAUUAUUAAUUAUUAGGAAACAAUGAAGGGAAUCAUACCUAGAACUUUUGAUUAAAUAAUCAGCAUUAUUAAUAAUAAUUCAGACACAAACAAAAAAUUUCUACUUCGUUGUUCAUACUUAGAAAUUUAUAAUGAAGAAAUACAUGAUUUAUUAAGUAAAGAUGUUAAACAGAAAUAUGAUUUAAAAGAAGGAUAAUAAGGUGUCUUUAUUAAGGAUUUAAAUAUAGCAGUGGUUAGGACUACUCAAGAAAUGGAUAAAUUUAUGUAAUUGGGUACAUAAAACAGAUCAGUUGGAGCAACUGCAAUGAAUAAGGAAUCUAGUCGUAGUCAUUGCAUAUUCACUGUAUAUAUAGAAUGUUCUGUUACAGAUGCAAAAGGUAAUGAAAGAAUAACUGCUGGUAAAUUAAACUUAGUAGAUUUGGCAGGAAGUGAAAGAUAAUCAAAAACAUAAGCAACAGGAGACAGAUUAAAAGAGGCAACUAAAAUUAAUUUAUCACUUUCAGCUUUGGGUAAUGUUAUAUCAGCCCUUGUUGAUGGUAAAACAUAGCAUAUUCCUUACAGAGAUUCUAAAUUAACAAGAUUACUAUAGGAUUCUUUGGGUGGAAAUACUAAAACAAUUAUGAUUACAGCUAUCAGUCCAUCUGAUUUUAAUUUUGAUGAAACUUUGUCUAGUUUAAGAUAUGCUUCAAGAGCUAAAAUGAUUAAAAAUCAACCUAAAGUAAAUGAAGAUCCAAAAGAUGCUUUAUUAAAAGAAUAAGCUGAAGAAAUCAAAAGACUUAAAGAUAUGUUAUCAAAAUAAGCAACAGGUUAACCUAUAUCUUUUGAUGCCUUUUAACCAAUUGGUAAAUUAGAAAACAAUUCAGAACUUGCAAGAUUGAAAGCAGAAAAUGAUAAAUUGAAAGAGAAAAAUCAAAUAUAAGUAGUAGGUGGACCAUCAGAAGAGAAACUUAAAGAAUUACAUGAAUUUAAAGAGAAGAAUAAUUAAUUAUUAUAAGAAAAGGAAAGAAUUGAAAUGGAAGUAAGAGAGAAAGAGAUUUAAGCAGAAUAAGAACGAUAAGCAAGAAAAAGAUUAGAAGAUUUAUUAAAAGAAAAGGAAUAAAUGAUAGUUUAAGGUGGAAGAGGUACUGAAGAUGAGAAAAAGAAAUAUAAGAAAUUGAGAUAAGCUAUUGAUUUAUAAAAAAAAGAGCAUGAAGCACUUAUAAAUUAAUAGGAAUAGUAAUAAUAAGAAUUAUUAUAAAUUGAAACUAAAUAUUAAAGUGUAUAGGAAGAGGUUGAAAAAUUAAGGAAACUUGUUAAAUAUUUAAGAAAGAAAUUAGAAGAGGCUUAAAAUGAAUAGAAAGAUUUAAAAUAAGAAGUUGAAUAUGAAAAGGAAGAUUUAUUAGAAACUAUAAGAAGUUAAGAAAAAGAAAUUAAAUUGUAUUCUGGUAUAGUUAAAAUGAUGUUUAAUCAAACUGAAUUAGAAUCUCUUUAAGCAGCAUGUGAAUGGGAUGAUGAUUCUUUAGAAUAUAAGAUUCCUCCAUUCAAUUUUAAAGCAAAAAAAGUUAAUUUUCCUAAUCUACCUUAUAAAUAGGGUAAUCAUAUUAAUUGAAACUAGCUAUCGAUUUAAUUGAUCAAGAAAAGGCUGAAAGAAUCCUUGAAAUUAAUUCUCGAUAAUCUGAUAUAAAUAGUUUCAAUGAUUCAGAAUAUAAUUAAAGAAUGACUUCCCCUAAAUAACAAAGAAAAGGUAUUGGUUAAUAAUAAAUGUUAUAGAAUCUCAACAAAAAUAAAAUGGUAUAAGUUAGCCUCAAUUAGAUAGAGCAUAAUUAGUGGCUGAGAAGAUAAAAAUGAAUUAUUAAAUGUUAGAAGAAAAAGAAGGAAAAUAUCGAUAUUCGAAUGAAGUCUCUAAUUAAUAAUUUAAUGAAAAGAAACCUAAUCAAAAAAUAAUCUUAAGUCCUAUUGAUAAUAGAGGAAAUACAGUACCAAAUUUUCCUAGUCAAUAUGGUUUUAAUAGUAAUACAAAUAGUAGCAAUUUAUCAUAGGCAACACCACCAAUAAAUAAAAAAAGUAUUUAAAAACUAAAAUUAUUUUAGAUAUAAAUUUAUAACCAUUAGAAACAAAGCCAUAAAUUCCAUUAUCUGAUGAAUAAUAAAGAAGAAAAUAACAUUAGAGAGUCUAAUAACUUUGA